GCCAUAUUGUAUGUAAUACGGGGGUACAUGGGUUUGAUGUUGCACUGAGAGCUCUUGAAUCAGCCGCAUGCACCUUGCGUUGGUUCAGAAGUUACAGCAGUUGUAGCGGUGUACAUUCAUUGGCUGUGAGAGCAUAGCGCCACCGGAGGGCUGGGCUCACUGGGGGACGCGCCACGGCGCGGCGCUGCUUUCGGUCUCACAAUGAUUGAAUGAAUGACAUGAUCGGCACACGGAGGCGCAUCCGCUCGGUACGAUUUUAAAGAUGAUACGGUAAGCCGGCGAUGGAGCGCAGAGAAGAGGAGGCACCAGCCCGACAUCGACACGCUGAAGUUUUGGAGGCUUUUUGAGAUGAACAUUUCCUUCCCUCUUCGCUGAUCUAGAGCAAGGUUCCUCUGGCAGCACUCAGAAUCGGACAAGGUCAGUGAACAGCAGAGGAACAGCUGUCAGUCACCCCAGCUACAUCUAAAGGAAACGCGUCGACUUCUUUCCCUACUCCAGGAAAAGCCCUGCGUGGGCCAUGCCCAACCUGCUCAAUGCGGACACCUCUUUUAGCUCCAAGCAGGAGCUCCUCGAUCUCCGUGAUGGGGUAACUCUGGGUGUCUUGGACAACCCCAGUCCAGUGGACAUUAAAGACAAUUCCCCGGUAGGUUCCAGCAGCGGUAGCUUGGGCGCGGUCAACUCCAAGGCGCGGACCAAUGGAGCCACACCUUCAGAAGAGUGUCUCGAAGAGGAGAAGGACAGCCCCUAUGGGAUCAAGUUCAUCCCAGCAGAAUCUGAGCAGCUCUGCGGCUGGGGUGCUCUAACACCCCACUGCAUGCAGACGUUCAACACCCCUCGCUGGGUGCUCUUCUUUCUGUGCGUGGCCUCUUUCCUCCAAGGCAUGAUCGUCAACGGCUUUAUCAACACGGUGGUGACGUCUAUCGAGCGACGCUUCGACCUCCGCAGUUACCAGGCGGGCCUUAUCGCUAGCUCCUACGACAUUGCUGCCUGCAUCUGUCUGACCUUCGUCAGCUACUUCGGGGGCACGGGCCAUAAGCCCAAGUGGCUGGGCUGGGGAGUUCUCAUCAUGGCCUUGGGUUCGCUCGUGUUCGCCCUGCCGCACUUCACCACCCCACCCUACCAGGUGAGCGUGCCAGAGCAGACAGGCCUGUGCUCGGCCAACCGGACCAGCUCUUGCCAGGAGAGCGGCAGCAGCCUGUCCAGCUACAGGUUCGUCUUCAUGCUGGGCCAAUUCCUGCAUGGCAUGGGGGCCACGCCCCUCUACACCUUGGGCGUCACUUACCUGGACGAGAACGUCAAAUCCAGCUACGCACCAGUCUACAUCGGUAUUUUUUAUACAGCGGCCAUCGUGGGACCCGCGGCCGGAUACUUGCUGGGAGGAAUUUUCCUCAACAUGUACACAGAGGUGCAGCAGACGACGGAGCUUACGCCGGAGAACCCCCUGUGGGUGGGCGCUUGGUGGAUCGGCUUCAUCGCCGGAGGAGUGGCCGCUCUUCUCAUCGCGCUGCCCAUCCUGGGGUAUCCAAGACAGCUGCCAGGUUCUCAGCGGUAUGUGGCCAUGCGAGUGUCGGAGGCCCAUCAGCUGAAAGAUGGGAGUCAGCAGAAGGCAGCGGACCCCCAGUUUGGGAAAACGGUGAAAGACAUGCCCAGAUCAGUGCUUCUACUGCUGAAGAAUCCCACCUUCAUCUUCCUGUGCUUCGCCGGAGCCACAGAGGCCACCCUCAUCGCGGGCAUGUCUACUUUCGGACCCAAGUUCCUGGAGUCCCAGUUCAGCCUCAGUGCCUCAGAGGCAGCUACCUGGUUUGGCUACAUGGUGGUGCCUGCGGGUGGUGGCGGCACCUUCCUGGGCGGGUACAUCGUCAAGAAGCUGAACCUGCGCUGCCGAGGCAUCAUCCGGUUCUGCAUGCUGUGUGCCUUCCUCAGCCUGCUGGCCAUAUUCAUCUUCCUGAUCCACUGCCCCAACCAGCCCAUGGCUGGCGUGACCACCCCAUACCAAUCGAGCCUUCUCCAGUAUCAGCACCAGUACCUGGCUGACGUCCACAACACAAAAAACAGUUUGGAGCUGUUGGUGAACCUGACGGUGGACUGCAAUGCAGGGUGCCACUGCACGCGCGAGCUCUACAGCCCUGUUUGCGGAGCCAACGGGAUCAUGUACUACUCACCAUGCCACGCGGGCUGUGCUGCUAUCAACAGUACCCUAAGCAGCACAAGCAGACAGGUGUACUCCAGCUGCAGCUGCGUCAUGGGGAACGUGUCCUGGGGGGAGCAGGGAUUUGCAAAGGCAGGAAAGUGCAGCUCCUCCUGCCAUCACAUGCCUGCCUUCCUCACUUUUCUCUUCUUCAUCAUCUUCUUCACCUUCCUCUGCAGCAUUCCUGCCCUUACAGCAACCCUCAGGUGUGUGCCGGACAGUCAGCGUUCCUUUGGCCUGGGCAUCCAGUGGAUUGUUGUCCGGACACUCGGUGGAAUCCCGGGCCCCAUAGCAUUUGGAUCCGUCAUUGACAUCUCAUGUCUGCUGUGGCAAGACCAGUGUGGAGAACAGGGCUCCUGCUACCUCUACCAGAACUCUGCCAUGAGUCAAUACACCCUUGUGGCUGGGGUCAUAUACAAGCUUUUGGGGACAGUCUUCUUCCUGCUGGCAUACAUCCUCUAUCAGCCCCCGCCAGAGUCGCCGCAGAGCAGCUGUGAAAGCACAGACAAUGGGUUGGGGGACACCGGGGACCUCCCAGCAAAGGAUGCUCUCCCGGAGGUCAUCGCCAAUGUAAAUGCAAGGCUCUGACAUCAUCCUCCCGCCUCAUCUUCCCCUCCCAUGUCUGACAAUUCCCACCGUGUCCGCCCACUCCUCCGCUGAGACCACCGCCAUCACCACAACCCAAGCACGUCUCAUUUCACCAACACCGGUACGGAGUCAUCCACGUCACCUCCUCCUGCCUCCUGCUUUCUGUCUUGCCAGUACCUGGAGGUGAAUUUGAAUGGCGCUGCAGAAACUGACCAGGGGUCAAGGAUCAGGGGUUGCAGCAGCACCCUGACAUCUAAUGGUUGGAGGUCCUUAUGUUGAUUUUUUUUUCACUUGUAGAUUCUGCUGCCCUGCCUGGAAUGUCAAAGACGGAAAUCCAACUUUGAAAUUUUAAGCUUAAUGGCUUCCGAAAAUGUAGGCCGAUAUAUUUUUAAAUUAGUUAUGGUAAAGACAGACUUGUUUGUGGUCCAGUGGAGGUUCAGAACCAAGAUGGUAUUACUGGUUGAAGAAAACACAAAAGCUGCAAAUGUUCUAAAAACAUUCUGGUAUCUUGUUUAGCCAACACUCAUUCUGCAAAGCAUUCUUUUCAUUUAUUUUGACUGCUUUUUCCCAUUCCACUGUUUUCAUUCAAAGGUCAGAUUUAUUGGGCUUUCUACAGGUGUGGAAAAUUACCACUUUUUUUUUUUUGCGGAAAAAGGGAAAUAAUUUCAAUGUACUACAUCGAGGAAGGGUAAAGCUACGUUUUAGAAAAGGUUUAGAUAUUAUUUUAGAUUUUUUCCUGCUAUUCCUUGACAAAAAAAAUCUGGAUCUUAAUCAA